AUGGUCAGCGCUCGAGCUCUCCUCCUCGCGGCCACCUGCUGUGCCUACCUGUGGCUCGCUCGUGCAGAAGACUCCUCGCUGGAGACGCGUUCGUUGGAUUUCCCCUUGAAAACCCAACAGGAGAAAGACCUGAUUGACGCGUUGCAAGAAGUUUUGGUGAAGCUGAGGAGCAAAGAGAUGCCCUUAGAGAAAAAGCUCGGCUGGCUGCCUUCGUGUGACGCCGGGGAGCCGUGCGCCGUGCGUAAAGGCGCGCGUAUUGGCACGCUGUGCAGCUGUCCCCGGGGAACUGCCUGUAACUUUUAUGUUCUCAAAUGUUUGUGA